AACUCGGAACGCUCAAGAUGAGGACGCUCUAUACGAUCUACUUCCUGCUGGCCGCAUCGUUUUUUGCGGGCGUUGUGAUAGCGGGCGUUCUGCAGCUCAGCAAGGACCAUCAGCUGCUGCGAUCGGUCGCGCCCGAGGUGGCGGUUCGAAGCAAACGACAGCUGUUGCCAGUUCUUGGUGGCUUCAACAACAUCCCAAAUUACGGUUUCAAUCCACAGCCAAGUUUGUUCGGUGGGUCUGCUGCAACUGCUAGUGCAAAUGCAAAUUCGUUAGGUUUGAAUGGUCAUAAUGGAAUUUCCGGUUCGAAUGCUGCCUCAAACGCGCUUAGCCAAAACAUUGGUGGCUUUGGAUUUUCCGGCUCGAAUGCCAACGCUAACGCCUUCAGCCAAGGGUUCGGCCCGGGUGGAUUCGGAUCAUCAGCCGCCAAUGCUCAGGCCCAAUCGUUCCAGAGCGAUGGACCGCUAGGAUCGUUCGGUGCGUCUGCAUCGAAUGCGGUCAGCCAGGGUUUCAGUGCCGGACCGGGUGGACUGUCCGGUUCGGCUGGGUUUUCCGGCAGCCAAACGUACAACCUGCCAGGACAGCGUAAGCUUUCGCUGGCGUACUCGAACGGAUUUUCUCUCGCCAACGGACGACCGACCGGUUCGAACGGGUUUAGUAUAACGCAGAGCUGA